AUGACAGUAGUCUCUCUGUUCACCGCCUUCACCGUCCUCUCGCUCUGUUUACACAUUUCAACAUCUGAGUUCUUACAGAUUCAGCUCUCCACCAUUUCAGCUGCACCUUCGUUUUUGCCCCAAGCUCCUUCGAGCUUCUCGGCUUCUUCUCCUUCGAGCUUCUCGGCUUCUCCUCCGGCUAUGUCUCCAGAUAUCUCUCCUCUGUUCCCUACUCCAAGUUCCAACGAAAUGUCUCCUUCUCCCUCUGAGUCUUCUGACAUGCCGACAAUCCCCUCAAGCCUUAGUCCACCAAACCCAGAUGCUGUCUCUCGUGAUCCUCUGCUUGAGUUUUCUCCAGUUGGGUCUCCACUUCCUGCUUCUUCCUCUGUUUCUUUGGUCUCAUCACCACUCUCUCUGCUUCUUGUCUUGCUUAUGUUGCUGCUAUUCUAG